GAUCAUCAGAAUCAAGAACCAGAAAUGGCGGCACCAAAGCUGGAAUCUUUCAGGCGGGGUAGCAUGUUCGAUGGAUCUUUCAGGCGAGGUAGUAUGUUCGAUGGUUCGUUUAGACAAAGCAUGAGGGAUAGGCUUAUCCCACAACAGAGCAGAGGCUAUUCCAAUGUCAACGACGAUGAACAAACUUCUGUCCGUUGUUGCUCCUACAGGUACUUCUCAGACAAGAUCAUGGGGGUUGUGAAGAAAUCAAAGGAUAUUUUGGUUACGGCAUGGGAGGUGGGAACAUCUGACCCGAGGAAGGUCAUAUUCUCGGCGAAGAUGGGUUUGGCUCUGACACUUACCUCUAUCCUCAUCUUCUUUAAGAUCCCGGGAUUAGAGCUCAGCAGCCACUAUCUCUGGGCAAUUCUUACAGUAGUUGUUAUCUUUGAGUUCAGUAUAGGAGCCACCUUUAGCAAAGGAUGUAACCGGGGACUAGGAACAUUGUCCGCAGGAGGAUUGGCACUUGGCAUGGCUUGGAUAUCCGAGAUGAGCGGAGACUGGGGAGAGGUUCUUAAUGCUGCUAGCAUCUUUGUAGUAGCCUUUUUUGCGACUUAUGCAAAGCUAUAUCCAACGAUGAAGCCAUAUGAGUACGGAUUCCGAGUGUUCUUGCUGACCUAUUGCUACGUGAUAGUGUCAGGAUACAAAACAGGGGAAUUCAUGGAAACAGCUGUUUCAAGGUUCCUUCUAAUAGCUCUUGGUGCCUGUGUUGGACUCGUUGUGAAUACUUGCAUCUAUCCCAUAUGGGCUGGGGAAGAUCUCCAUAACUUGGUCGCCAAGAACUUUGUGAAUGUAGCGACUUCAUUGGAAGGUUGUGUGAACGGAUAUCUCGAGUGCGUAGCAUAUGAUACAAUCCCAUCUAGGAUUCUGGUCUAUGAAGCUGUCGCUGAAGAUCCAGUGUACAGUGGUUACAGAUCAGCCGUUCAAUCUACAAGCCAAGAAGACACUCUGAUGGGUUUUGCAUCAUGGGAGCCACCACACGGACCGUACAAAUCCUUUAGAUACCCAUGGGCAAUGUAUGUGAAAGUAGGUGGUGCAUUGAGGCAUUGUGCUAUCAUGGUCAUGGCAUUACAUGGCUGCAUUCUCUCAGAGAUUCAGGCUGCAGAGGAUAGAAGACGAGAAUUUCGUAAUGAGCUUCAAAGAGUGGGCUUAGAAGGAGCAAAAGUACUCAGAUACAUUGGGGAACAACUGAAGAAGAUGGAGAAACUAAACCCUAUAGAAGACAUACUCUACGAGAUUCACCAAGCAGCCGAAGAACUACAGAGCAAAAUCGACAAGAAAUCGUACCUUCUCGUGAACGCCAAGAACUGGGAAAUCGGGAAUCGGCCUAGGGAUUCGACUGAUGAACAAAAAAUCUCGAAUCUCGACGAGGAUCUAAGUCGGAUCAUAGCUCAUAAAUCCCAGAGUGAAGCCACGCUUCGUCCACCGAAGAAUUGGGAUGCGGUAACAACUACUGCAACGAACUUAAAUUCGGCGACGAUGCUUCCUUACCAGCAAUCAAGGACGAUGAUACAGAAACAGCCGUCGUGGCCUAGCCGGAUCUCUAUUACGCCGGGAAGUAUGUUUCAGCAACCAAUUGGGGAGGCGACGCUGAGGUACGAGAGCGCGAGUAAUCUGUCUCUAGCUACGUUCGCUUCGCUACUGAUUGAAUUCGUCGCGAGGCUGGAGAAUCUUGUGAAUGCGUACGAUGAACUCAGUGUCAAAGCUAAUUUCAAAGAAGCUGUCGCUGACUCACUGUUUUUUUCGCCGGCAUUGCCUUACUCGAUAUCAUCACCUUGUCGGAAGCUGACAAAAGGAACAAGAGGUGUCGGAGAGUUACUUCAAGCUUUACCCUCUUCGAAACCAAAAUCUCCGCCACCGCAGCUGCCAUGGCUCAUUGUUGGUUUGGGUAAUCCCGGAAAGAAGUACCAGGGCACGCGCCACAACGUUGGUUUUGAGAUGGUGGACGCUUUGGCUAAUGCAGAAGGCAUCUCCAUGAACACUGUUAACUUCAAGGCCUUGUUUGGGAAAGGCGUUAUUGGAAAUAUACCGAUUAUGCUGGCUAAACCACAAACUUUCAUGAACCUAAGUGGUGAGUCUGUUGGACAAAUUGUUUCAUUUUACAAGAUCCCGCUAAAGCAAGUACUUGUGGUUUACGAUGAUUUAGAUUUGCCCUUUGGUAAACUGCGUUUAUUGCCAAAAGGUGGUCACGGAGGCCACAAUGGGAUGAGAAGCAUUAUAGAUCGCCUCAAAGGUAGCCGUGAUUUUCCUCGUCUAAGAAUAGGGAUCGGACGGCCUCCAGGGAAGAUGGAUACAGCUAAUUUUGUUCUCCGCCAGUUCAGUAGACAAGAACAGGAAGAGUUGGAUUAUACAUUCCAAACCGGGAUAGAAGCAAUAAGGAUUCUUUUGCUUGAGGGGAUCAACAAAAGUGCAACCUUUGUCAACACUCGAAAAUCUAUGGAGCAACUCAGUUAGAAGAGAAGUUGUUACAUCACAAUAUCACAUAUAACAACUACAGAGUAUUCUUGCCGAUUCAUUAUUAAUAUCUUUUUGUUCCAUACAUAUUGUUGAAUCCUUUUUGAGCAAAUUGUACAUCAUAAAAACCAGAUUAUGCGUUUCUCAUAAUCGCUCUUAAUUUUAAUAGAGCUUAUGCAACUCG